GAAAAUUCCAUAUUGAAAGCAAUGUUUUUUAUUUUUUUUUUCGGAAAGGGGGGAGGGAGGGAUGUGUCUGUGAAUGAAUGGUGUUCCCUUCGAAAUAAAAAUUAGGCGCUCUCUCCCUCUCUCUCUCUAUGUCGAUUUUUCUCCAAUAGUCCGUUAAUGGCGAUCUGAGCCAAACACCAGUCCAAUUUGGUUCCUCGUGAGAGAGACAGGGUGACGGCAAACGACGAAGCUUGAAGCUGAAAUUUAGGGCUUUCCUUUUUCUUCCUUUGAUUUUUUUUCCGCUCCCCCUUUCUCCCGGAAUCGUAUUUUCUUACUGUCACUGUCGCGGAAGAGACGGAGGAACACGCGGGAAAGGGGACGUGAACAUAGGGGAACGGAGAGAGAGAGCAACAAUGUCGGCAUUGGAUUGUAUCGACGGGUUUCUCUUCUCUCUCAGCAGAACCUUCUGCAGCCCUUUUGCUGUUUUCAUUCAGAUCCAGGGAUGUGUUAUCUGCUUGGUUCUUGCUCUGGGAUUGUUCUUGGCUGCAUAUGUCAGGAACAGAGAGGUUAAGAGAAUGAAGAAGAGAAUGAAAGCAGGCAAUAGCUUUGCAUUCCUUUGUGAAGACAUCAAUGAACUCGAACACUCUAAUCAGAUCAAUCUUCCAAGGGUGUCGGUCAUCAUGCCUUUGAAGGGUUUUGGAGAACACAAUCUGCAUAACUGGAGAAGUCAGAUUGUUUCUCUCUACGGUGGGCCGUUGGAGUUUCUUUUUAUCGUCGAGAGUAUUGAAGACCCUGCAUAUCAUGCUGUGUCCCGUUUACUCUCCGAGUUUCAGGACCAAGUCGAUGCAAAGGUUGUGGUUGCUGGGUUGGCAACAACUUGCAGCCAGAAGAUUCAUAAUCAGUUGGUCGGAGUUGAGAAAAUGCACAAAGAUACCAAAUAUGUGUUAUUUUUGGAUGAUGAUGUUAGACUGCACCCUGGAACCAUUGGAGCCCUAACGGCCGAGAUGGAGAAAAAUCCAGAGAUAUUUAUCCAAACUGGAUAUCCUCUUGACUUGCCAUCCGGAACUCUGGGGAGUUACUGCAUCUACGAGUAUCACAUGCCUUGCUCAAUGGGCUUUGCAACUGGUGGAAAAACAUUCUUUCUAUGGGGAGGAUGUAUGAUGAUGCAUGCUGAUGAUUUCAGAGAAGACAGAUAUGGUGUUGUCUCGGGGUUACGUGGUGGGGGAUAUUCCGAUGAUAUGACCCUUGCAGCUAUCGCAGGGGCUCACAAGAGACUCAUUACAUCGCCUCCCGUUGCUGUUUUCCCUCAUCCUCUUGCGACCGAUCUCAAUUUCGGAAGGUACUGGAACUACUUGAGGAAGCAAACCUUUGUGCUGGAGUCGUAUAUAUCGAGAGUUAACUGGAUGAUGAACAGAGCUCUAUUCACAACCCACUGCUAUCUCUCGUGGGGACUCGUCACGCCUUAUUUGAUGGCCGUGAUCCAUGUCACUUCCGCCUUACGCAUAUAUAUAAACGGGCACCGACUCGAGGACUCAUCCUUUGCUUCUCGUGGAAUGAUGCUAGUGAUAGCUCUGGCGAUGUGCACAUUCACGGAGCUUGUUUCCAUGUGGAAUUUGACGAGGAGAGAAGUCGAGCUCUGCAAUAUGUUGUCCCCUGAAGCUCCCAGGCUCUCUCUUGCUGCUUAUAACUGGGGACUUGUGUUCGUAGCGAUACUAGUGGAUAACUUCCUAUACCCGAUAUCGGCUCUACGUUCGCAUUUCUCACAAUCCAUAAACUGGUCUGGCAUCCGAUACCACUUGAAGAACGGCAAGAUAUACAAGAUUGAAAGAAGAAAGGACAUGAUUCCAAUAAAGACAGACUUAGGAGGGAAACACUUGUAUGGUAAGAAAGGAGUUCCUCACCAAGUCUCGUUCCUAAGCUCGCUCGGCAGGAACUUGGCUCACUGGCGUCAACCCAAGAAGUUCGACGUCUAGGCUCUCUCUCUCUCUUGCCCCUUUCCUUCGUCACAGUUAGGAGGAAGCUUUUGAAUUUGAUUUUUUGGGGGUCUUCUUAGCUUACAUUUAUGUGUCAAUGUUCAAUCCAUCGAUAUCGGUUCCCUCUGAUUUAUGAAAUUUUUCUUGCUUUCGGGUUCUA